AUGGGUCAUGCUUACACUAACUGUACAUCAUCUCGAUGUCAAAAAUGCAAUUUAAAACAUCACACAUUGUUGCACUUUGUUCGAAAAAGUAAUGCUGAACCUUAUUCUGAACAAAAUACUCAGGAGUCUCAGGGUGCAGCAAAUUCCUUAGUGAAUACUACAAUAAAUAUGUCUAGUGAACGGUGUUAUAACAAAGAGCAAGUGUUGUUACAAACGGCUCUAGUGCAGGUGAAAGACAUAAACGGUGGCUACCAGGUGUGUCGAGCACUUUUGGAUAGUGGCAGCCAGAGCCAUUUUAUAUCACAGAAGUGUAGUGAUAGAUUGGGUUUACCUAAAAUAGAGUUGUCAUCUACUAUAACGGGUGUUGGAAAAACAAUAAACCAAUUAAAGUAUCGGUGUAUGGUCCAGUUAGAAGGGCUUAAAACCAAUUAUAAAACUGAACUUUCAUGUUUGGUAAUCCCUAUUCUAAGUGACAAUUACCCAUCAAAUUCCUUUAGUACAGGGAAUUGGCCUAUUCCAAACCACAUAAAUUUAGCUGAUCCAAGUUUUAAUCAUUCAGGGGAUAUUGAUAUCCUUAUUGGUGGAAGUGUUUAUUUGAAUUUGUUGUGUAUAGGUCAAAUCAGUCUGGGUGAGGGUUUGCCUGUCCUACAAAAAACAAGGCUAGGCUGGAUUAUUGGUGGUGAGUGUAACAAGGGAAAUCUUAACAAGGUAUUACGACCAUCCAGUUUCAGUUGUCAUUUUUCAGGAAAGUUUAGUAUUGAGGACAUGUUGCAAAGGUUCUGGGAGGUGGAGGAGGUGCAAGUUGAGAAAAAAUUGUUGUCAGGUGAGGAGCAACAGUGUGAGGGUAUUUUCUCUAAAACAACAAGUCGAAAUGAGUCUGGGCGUUUCAUAGUCCAUAUUCCCCUAAAGGAUUCACCAGAAUGUUUAGGUGAUUCGAGACACCAGGCUGUGAGGAGGUUCUUUGCAUUGGAAAAUAAAUUGGCAAAAAAUCCAAUAUUAAGUGAAAAAUAUAUAGCAUUCAUGGAAGAGUACAAGCGUCUAGGACAUAUGGUGGAAGUCCCUCCAGAGGAGUUAAAUAAGAGUCCUUCUUUUUAUUUUCCACACCAUUGUGUGACCAAUGAUAAGAGUCCAACUACUAAAUUAAGAGUAGUGUUUGACGGGUCUGCUGUUUCUGAGAGUGGUGAGUCUUUAAAUAGUAUCCAGUUAGUGGGACCUACUCUGCAAGAUGAGUUAUUUCAAAUCAUUUUAAGAUUCAGACAACAUAAUGUGGUUAUAUGUGCUGACAUUAUUAAAAUGUAUCGGCAGAUACUGAUUCAUCCUAGUCAGUUGGACUUGCAGAGAAUUGUAUGGAGGUCAGAUCCAUCUCAUGAUCUUUUAACGUAUAAACUUCAAACAGUAACUUAUGGCACAUCCUCUGCCCCAUACCUGGCAGUCCGAUGCUUAAAACAGUUGGCAAGUGAGUCAAGUGACACAUAUCCAAAGGCAUCCAAGGUCAUUGACAAGGAUUUCUAUAUGGAUGACUGGAUAUCCGGAUCUGAGUCUGCUGGUGGAGCUAUUAACCUGUGUAAUGAAGUGAGUGAGGUGUUAAGAUCUGGAGGUUUUGAGUUACAAAAAUGGGCAUCUAAUAGCAAGGAAGUGUUAGAUCAUCUAAGGGACAAAUACUCAUUAUCCUCUAUUUUAGUGUUUGGUGAAUCAGAAAAAACAAAGACCUUGGGUUUGUACUGGUUGUGUGAUGAAGAUUACUUGAUGUUUCGUAUUAAUAAUAAUGAUAGGGAUCGAAUAACAAAGAGAACUGUGUUAUCAGACAUAGCACAAAUUUUUGACCCUUUGGGGCUGGUGGCUCCAUGUGUUAUUGUAGCAAAGGUGAUCCUUCAGAGGUUAUGGUUAAACAAACUGUCAUGGGAUGAGUCCCUUCCCUCAGAUCUUAAUACUAGGUGGUGUAAUUUUAAGCAACAACUUCCAAAAUUGAAUUAUGUGAAAAUACCCCGACAUGUGUUAUGUUAUAAUCCAGUAAGCAUCGAAAUUCAUGGGUUUUCUGACGCUUCCUUGGAAGCUUAUGGAGCAUGUAUAUAUUUACGUAGUGUGACCAAGAGUGGGGAUAUGCAAGUGAGAUUAUUAUGCUCAAAGUCGAAGGUGUCACCCUUAAAGGUAUUAACAAUACCCAGAUUAGAGCUUUGUGCUGCCUAUUUAUUGGCUACCUUAGUAAAUAAGGUAAGAAUAUUAAUGAAUUUAAAAUUUGAUGCGUGUUAUCUAUGGACCGACUCUAGUGUAUGUUUGAGCUGGAUUAAAACGCCACCAAAUCUCUUGCAGACCUUUGUAGGUAAUAGGGUUUGUCAAAUCCAGUCAAUGAGUUCCCCUGAUCAGUGGAAUCACAUUUCAUCGCAGGAUAAUCCUGCAGAUGUAUUAUCUCGAGGUAUUAGCCCACAAAACCUUGGUAGUUUUGAGUUAUGGUGGAGAGGUCCCCAUUGGCUUGCUUAUCCUAAUCAUGACUGGCCAAAAUCCAAAUUUAACCCUCUAGAAGUACUACCUGAGCUUAAACGACAAGUGAUGUCUUUUAAAAUAGAGGAAGUUAAUCCCUUUCCUUUUAACCGAUUUUCCUCUUUGUCUAAGUUACAGCGUGUGUGUGCCUAUUGCUGGAGAUUCAUUAAAAAUUGUCAAAAGAAAGGGUCACCUGAAAAAUCUUCUAAUGUGAGUAGUUCUUAUUUGUCUGUGUCUGAGCUUCAAGAAGCUUUUUUGGUGUUGAUUAAAAUCUCACAACAGAAAAGUUUUAGUGAAGAAAUAAUAGAUUUAUCCAACAAUAGAAGUGUGAGUAAAUCUAGCAAACUUAAAAGGUUAAAUCCAUUUCUAGAUGACAAAGGAUUCCUUAGAGUAGGUGGGCGGUUAGAACAAUCUAAUUUUGAUUUCGAUAAAAAACAUCCAAUUGUGCUUGAUAGUAAACAUGAGCUUACAGGUCUUUUAUUCAAGCAUGAGCACAUUAGAUUAUAUCAUGCUGGUCCCCAGUUGCUAUUAUAUUCGGUGAGAGAUAAGUACUGGCCUAUAGGAGGCAGAACUCUAGCUAGAAAGAUAGUGUAUGAAUGUGUCAGGUGUUUCAGAGCUAAACCAAGAAAUAAGAGUGUCAUUAUGGGAAUGUUACCUGCUGAUCGGGUAAUACCUGCCCCUCAUUUUUCUUCAUGUGGAGUAGACUAUGCGGGUCCAGUGCUUAUUAAAAAUAAAAGGGGUAAGGGGUGUAUUAAAAUAAAGGGAUAUAUCGCAGUUUUUGUCUGUUUUACUACAAAAGCUAUACACCUUGAAGUAGUAACUGAACUAACAAAAGAAGCCUUUAUAGCGACAUUUCGGCGAUUUGUGGCGCGGCGUGGUAAACCCAACAAGAUGUUCUCAGAUAAUGGUACAAAUUUUGUUGGGGCUAAGAGUGAACUAGAGGCACUUGGUAAGUUUCUUCAGGAGUCCAGUGAUAAUAUUAGUGAAUUAAUUGCCAAUCAAGGUGUGGAGUGGCAUUUCAUACCUGCCUUUUCACCUCAUUUCGGAGGGCUAUGGGAGGCCGGUGUAAAAUCCUGCAAGGUUCAUUUAAAGAGGGUACUGGCAAAUGCGUGUUUAGUAUAUGAAGAUUUUUCUACUGUUUUGUGUGAAAUUGAAGCCAUUUUAAACUCCCGACCCCUAACACCCAUGUCCAAUGACCCUAGUGACUAUUCCGCUCUAACUCCCUCACAUUUUUUGAUUGGGCGACCAAUGAUGCCUUUACCAGAUCCAGAGGUGCGACAUAUACCCGAAAAUAGACUUUCCGUGUAUCAACGCUUUCAACAGAUGCAACAACAUUUCUGGUCGCGUUGGGCAGUUGAAUAUGUCUCCGAGCUGCAAGUUCUGCAAAAGUGGCACACCAGUCAACAAAGCCUGAAACCAGGCAUGUUGGUAGUUGUUAAGGAAAACAACAUUUCUCCUCUUCGGUGGUGUAUGGGUCGUAUCGAGAAAGUUCAUCCUGGUCAAGAUGGAGUGGCUAGAGUGGCAACCAUAAAAACUGAGCAUGGAGUGAUUAAAAGAGCAUUUACUAAAAUUUGUGUACUACCUAUAGAUGCUUUAGAGGAGCCAUGCUCUAGUGACAUCCCUAACUCCUAA